GCGGAAUCAUUCUUUACACCCCCCCAAAAAACAUUAAAAUCUCCAUAAAGCCAAACUUUUGUAAUUUACGUGUUCGACGUGAAAUAUCAAGCGUGAUAUCGACGUUGCUGUUGGUAACUAGUUCUGGUCGCGGAGGUACAUUGUGUGGUCGCGAUUCGUCGUUUCCAAAUGUGGCGUAAGUUCAGUUGAGGUUUGAUUGAUGGACUGUAGGCGGAAACUAUACGUUGUAAACUUUGUACGAUGGUCGUAACGGCUAGUUUUGAAAGGUGUAUUUUGGUAGUUUACAAGACGUCUUUCGUGCAGAAAUCAAAUUAAGGAUAGCUCGCGUUUAGUUCUAGUUGUAUGCUUAUUUGAGCUAAUGUUUCUUAGCCUAGCAUAUGCAGGGUAAGUUCGGUAACGUUAUCAAGUGAAGAGAUCGGCUGGGUUUGAUCGGCUAACUCUUAACACCUACCGCAGACUGCAGUGGUGCUGCUAGCGGGUCGGGGGUUCGGAGAUGUUGGGGGGAAACGGGAAGGCCAGGGGGGCUGGACGCUCAGGUAACGGCACAGGCUUGACCCAUCUACAGGUGGGCACCACAUCUGGGGCUUUAGGGGCGGUGAACUCCUCCAUAAACCUGCCCGAUGGGGGCAGAUACGACGACAGGCCGUCGGUCGAGGCAGUGCUCAGCGGCUCUGAUGGAGACUCGGACUCCGGGGAUGAUGAAGAGAGUCCCGUGCUGGACAGGAGAGGAGUGAAGCGGGAGAGGAGCGAGAUGGAGGUCGGGGGAUCCUCGGGAGCUAUCGCUGCUCUGUCGGCGGGGUAUGGAGGAGUUUCCAGCGGGGUGGCGGGUGCAAAACCCGGCAAGAAAACGCGAGGACGGGUUAAAAUUAAGAUGGAGUUUAUUGACAACAAGCUGAGGAGAUACACGACCUUCAGUAAGAGAAAGACUGGCAUUAUGAAGAAGGCUUACGAACUGUCCACCUUAACAGGGACGCAAGUUCUGCUCUUGGUUGCCAGUGAGACAGGCCACGUCUACACAUUUGCCACGCGGAAACUUCAGCCCAUGAUCACCAGUGAGACGGGUAAAGCCCUCAUCCAGACCUGCCUGAACUCCCCUGACUCUCCACCCCGGACGGACCCUUCAACAGACCAGCGGAUGAGUGCCACGGGAUUCGAGGAGACGGAUCUCACCUACCAGGUCUCAGAGGCCGAUGGUCUCACAGAGCCAAAGGAAAUGAUGAAGCCCACGUUCACUUCUGCCUCUUUACCUGGAGGCACCAACAGCACGACCACACAGUCCUCGGCAUCUUCCUCUCCCUCCUCCUCCUCGGUGGCCAUGCACACACACACACACACUCACAGCAGCAUCCCCUCGCUGUCCGGCACCACCUGUUGGCCCAUGAGCGCUCAGAGCGUCUCCAGUGCGAACGGCACCGUGCUCAAAAGCUCUCCGGCUGGCGUGAUGCAGCUGCCCGGAGGAUUCACACUCAUGCCAGGCGCCUCUCUCCCGCCUGGCACACACACUAUUCCUCUCAGCCAGCUGCAGACACACUCUCUGGCCAUACAGUGUCCACAGACGCAAAACAGCCACGCCUUGACUAGCACCAGCACCUCCACCUCCGCUGUCCCCGCACACACACAACCGGCCGCUCAGGCCACGCUCUUCCGUCUGCCGGCCGCUGUCUCGCUUACAGGUGGUGGGAUGCCUCAACAGCUACAGGCCAUCCAGGUUCACCCCAGUCCUCAAAGCAGCGACAGCAGUCCCGAGAUCAGCCAGACCUCCAGCAACUCGGCCGUAAGUCACACUGCUACUAUAGUCACGUCCUCAGUGCCUUCUUCAGUGGCGGGUCACAUGAUGUACCCUGGAGCGCACGUCAUGUAUGCCACAUCCACCUCUGGCCUGGCCGACGGGGGUCUCACUGUGCUCAACACCUUCCCACAGUCGCACGCCGCGAUGCACGUGUCCCACACACAGGCCCAAGACUCAGGUGCAGUUCCUCAGAUGUUCCUCACUGGACCUCCAGGAACUGUGCAGAUCCCAGUUUCAGCCGUUCCGCUUCAUUCGAUGCUGAUAAACCAGCAGCCCACGGGCGGCAGUGGCGCCACGCUCACGGAGCUGCGGGUGGUCAAUAUGGACAAUCCCAAAGGAGACUGACCUGUGAAACCCGAGGCCAGUGUGACCGUUCACUCGCACUGAUAUUCCAGGGAUCACUCAUGCCAUGCAAUCAGACUGCCAUUGUAUUUAUUACUGCCUUGCUGCGAGGGGUUCACACACAGGAACACUGAGGUGUAACGAGACGUUUGAAGGACGAUUGCGUCUCCUCAUGGACUCGUGUUGGUAGGUGGAGAGAUAACAGAUCAUUUUUCGGUUCACGUUUAUACACAGACACGCAACUUUACUUCAGGAUUUCAUAGGGACGUCUGCACUAUCACCGCUGGGUGUCCGAAAGACUGACGUCGGAUGCGAUUUGAGUACAACUUCAAAACGGUUUGCGGUUUGGAAGUUUCUUCAGUUGAAUCUUUCUUUCUUUUGGGAUGAUCUCCUUCAUUUUCGAGAUCGCUUUUAAGAUCUCAAUCUUUUUGUUGUGAAGUUAGUUGGGUUUAAUGGCUGUUCGUGAACAUUUAUUUUGCAGUUUCUGACCUUCUCUCCAUUCAAUUAAAUGGCGACUGGUCACGCUCAACAGCCUGUGUACCAGUUUAUAAGCAUCAUGAAUCUGCAGGUUUGGAAAGACAUGCCUUCUGAGUAAUGCACUGCCAUGGGGAUUGUCUACAGUUUGAAUACCACAUCAUGACUAAAAAUAUAUCAUUUUUCGCCCUCAUCAUCACAUCCUGAAUGGCCUUUGUUACUCAAUGAGCAGUUUUACGAUAUCUUAAACCCUUGCGAUUAUUUUAAUACGCUGCUAUAAUUUGGAUUUCGACAUGAUCAUAGUACAACAACGUCUGGGAAGGAUGGCUUGCUGUGCCAAACUAUACUGUACAUGUCGAUCGCUGGGAGGAAGUCACCUGGCUUCAGGAAAACACCAGCUUUAGCCACUUGUUAGUGAUGCUGUAACGGAAAAACACUGACUCACGUUUGCACUGCAUGACAACGUACCGAAAGGGCUGGUGCUGCAGGAUCACGGCUUGUUUAGUUCACUGUUAGGUACAAGAAUGGCAAGUUUUGUUCGAAACAACUGUUAUUUUCACUGAAUUUGCUUGUGCGCACACACAUUUAAUAUUGUAAGCGAUUGUCAUUUUUAUCACCUCUUUGUUUUCUUCCAAAUAUUAGAUUUCUUGAAACGUCCAAAGGGCUGUAUAUUGUGUAUGCGUUUGGUCUGUGUGCAGAUUUUUAAAGGGCGUCCGUGGGUCUCUUCCUCCACACUGCGAGCUUGGAGCCGGAAGCCUCGCUUUCUCGAACUGCGUAAUGGACGCCGCGACACCGAGAGUUUCAGGAUUUUCGGUCUGUGGACCCGAGCACAUGUCGACUGUUUUGUGUGUUUGCGACCAGUGGAAACUGAAGAAAGAAUGGGGGAUUUAUAAAGUGGCCAGAACAAAGGUGUUUUAUUCAGUAUUAAUGCGUUUUAAAUCCAGGGGGAACAUAUCUUGAGUUGUUGAUCUCCAUUUAUGAUGUUUUUGAGUGCCAGGUCAUAUUUCACUCCACAACCAGAAGGGGAAAAACAUAUUUUUGACGUUUCCAUGACAAUUACCCACAUUUUUUUUGCUGCAAUAACUAUAAAUAAAUCGGUAAGAUAUAAAGUAGGGCUGUGCAAAAAUUAAUUGCGAUUAAUCGCAUCCAAAAUAAAAGUCUGUGUUUACAUAAUAUAUUUGUGUGUGCUGUAUAUAAUUAUUUUGUAUAUAAAUACCUAUGCAUACAUAUAUAUUUAAGAAUUAUUUGCGCUUAAAUUCUGUAUAUAUAUAUAUAAAUACAUAAUCUAUAUUAUAUAAAUAUGUUAUAUAUGAAUAACACAUUUUCUUAAAUGUAUACAUGCAUGUGUGUGUAUUUAUAUAUACAAAAUAAUUAUAUACAGCACACACACAUAUAUUAUGUACACACAUACUUUUAUUUUGGAUGCGAGUAAUCGAAAUUCAUUUUUGCACAGCCCUAAUAUAAAAGUAUAAGGUGUUUAGGCAUUGUCUAAGUAUUCGUUAAAAAUAUAAAAACAUUUUUUUACUAUAUUACACUUAGUAAUAAUCACAUUUUAGAAACAUCCACACUUAUCAUGAAAUAUUUUGACCGUGAAAAAAUGCGAAGUGCUAUUAAUUUAUUUGUUUGAGUGAAAUAUGACCUGUGUGUUUGGUCUUUUUAUCGGCUGUGAAGUUGUGUGAACACUAGAGGAAAGUGUUGAAUGUACCAACUGUGUAUGGCCCUCACUGUACAUAAUCUGAUUUCCUACUUUAGUAGCUCUUAUUGGCUGCAUUUGAACAUGUUUCUGCACCCUGGAUAUAUUCAGUGGACUGUAUAUAUUAGUUUAAAUGUGAAGCACGGGCGUCUUGUUUCCCCCCUUUACUUUAGCCGAGCGUAACCAGUUGUGGAUGAAAUGUUUGCUUUAUUAUGUUCAUUAUCUUCUACAGUGCCAUUUUCUGAAGAAUUAGGUUGGUUUUAUUAGAUUGUUGGUUUGUUUUUGUAUUACAUGAGUACAAUUUAUUAAUUUGAUUAAAAUUUUAAGUUGACCGUACAAAAGUUGAAAGUGAAAUCUAUUUUAACCACUAAAGCAUACUUGUUGUAAAAUAAAUGCUGUAAGUAUGUAUAGUGCUUUCUUUUGUAAUAAAAGAAAGAUUUGAGAAUAAUUUUA